UUGCCCAAAACCGUUUCUUCGUGACCGAAAAUUUUCGCCGCGAUUAGAGCUUCGUGACCGAUUUUGCCCUACCUUCGUGACCGAUAUUGCCCAAAACCGUCACCUUCGUGACGGUAAGGCAACGACGGGAUCACGGCCAAAGCUCCAAUCUUUUUCCUCCUCCUAGUCCAGAAAUCACUGAGGCUGUCUUCUUCCCCCACCCUCCGCCCCAACCCUACAGCAGUAGCAGCUGUAGUUUCGCUAAAAUUUCUCCCAAACCAGUGCUCAUCGUCGCCUUCUACUAGCAGCGGGGAACUUUAAGCGACAAAAGUCCUGUACGGACGCUAUGGUUCACAGCGCAUACGAUUUGGUGGAGCUUGUAAAGGGCUGCAGCACCAAGAUCGAGAGCUUCGCAUCAUACGGGUAUAAGAUCCUCUUGGGUUGCUCUGACGGCUCGCUUCGAAUCUAUGCACCGGCUUCCUCUCUUUUGACCGCUGCUUCGCUCACCAGCGGCGAUGAGGGGUUGCCGCAGUCCGAUUCCGAUAUCAGGUCCGAGCCGUACGAGCUGGAGAGGUCGAUGUCGGGGUUCUGGAAGCGGGCGCCAGUGGCGAUGGAGGUGUGCCGCUCACGGGACCUUCUGCUGUCCCUGUCAGAGUGGAUCGCCUUCCACCGGCUGCCCAAUCUGGAGACAGUUGUUGCCAUAGCGAAGACGAAGGGCGCUAAUGUCUACAGUUGGGCUGAUCGGAGGGGCUUCCUCUGCGUUGGCAGGCAGAAGAGGGUCGGCAUAUAUAGACUGGAUGGUGGUCGUGAAUUUGUGGAGGUCAAGGAGUUUGGUGUCUCUGAUCAAGUGAAGUCUAUGGCAUGGUGUGGUGAAAAUAUUUGCUUGGGGAUUGGAAAGGAAUACAUAAUACUAAACAUUACAACUGGGGCAUCAUCAAAAGUAUUCUCGUCUGGAAGGAGUGUCCCCUUAGUUGUUCCUCUCCCUUCCGGGGAGCUUAUCUUAGGAAAGGAUGACGUUGGAGUUUUUGUUGACCAAAAUGGCAAGCUCCUACAUGAUGGCAGGAUAUGUUGGUCUGAGGCCCCUAGCUCUAUUGUCAUCCACAAGCCAUAUGGAUUAGCCCGCCUACCUCGGCAUGUUGAGAUACGCUCUCUUGACUCGCCAUAUCCUUUGGUUCAGACAAUUGUGCUCAGGGAUGUUCAUCUCCUUCAGCAAAGUAAUAACUGUGUAAUUGCUGCUGUUGGAAGUUCUGUUUAUGGUCUUUUGCCAGUUCCCGUUGGUGCCCAGAUUGUACAGCUGACAGCAUCUGGGAAUUUUGUGGAGGCAUUAGCUUUGUGUAAGCUACUCCCACCAGAGGAUUCUAGCCUUCGAGCAGCAAAAGAAGCCUCUAUACAUAUAAGGUAUGGGCAUUAUCUGUUUGACAAUGGGAGCUAUGAGGAGUCCAUGGAACAGUUUUUAGCUUCCCAAGUGGACAUUACCCACAUAUUAUGUUUAUAUCCGUCAAUAACUCUACCAAAGGAUCUAACUAUUGUUGAACCUGAGAAGUACCAAGAGCUGACAGAAGCUUUUUACCUAUCAAGGGUUUCUUCUGACGUGUCAGAUGACAUGGAAUCAUCAUUGCCGGCACAACUGUUUGAAUCUGAUGAUAAAUCGGCAAGUGAGGAUAAAAAAAUGAGUUAUAAUGCCAUCAUGGCACUAGCAAAGUAUCUGCAGAGGAAAAGAUUUAGUGUUAUUGAAAGGGCAACAGCAGAAGUAACCGAGGAAGUUGUCUCUGAUGCCGUGCAGGGCAGCAUAAUGACUUCAGAACCAUAUGGAUCUAAGAGUUACAUAAAGAAAAGAGGUCAUCCUCAUAUCAGCUCAGUUGGAAGGGAGAUGGCAACUAUACUGGACACAGCACUUAUUCAGGCCCUGCUUCUUACUGGUCAAUCUUUGGGAGCGUUAGAGUUGUUGAAAGGCCCUAACUACUGUGACUUAAACAUUUGUGAAGAACUUUUGAAAGAAAGGAAGGAUUAUGAGGUGUUGUUAGAGCUCUAUAAGUGCAAUGGAAUGCAUCAUGAAGCACUCAAACUUCUCCAUCAGCUUAUUGAAGAAUCAAGUUCGGGCAUUAGGAGUUGUGAAUCUCAGAACUUCAAGCCAUCCAUGAUUAUUGAUUAUCUCAAGCCUCUUUGUAGGACAGACCCAAUGCUUGUUUUGGAAUAUUCUACACCUGUCCUAGAAAAAUGUCCUUCAGAGACCAUUGAGCUUUUUCUGUCUGGAAAUGUUCCUGGCAAUUCAUACUUAAAGAAGCAUGCACCAAACUUGCAAUCUACCUAUUUAGAGCUUAUGCUUUUAAUGAGUGAGAAUGGGAUCAACACAAACCUUCAGAGUGAACUGGUUCAAAUAUACCUUUCAGAAGUUAUAGAUUGGUACAAGGAUCUAAAAGAGCAGCAUAAAUGGGACGAGAAGAACUGCUCAUCCACACGGACGAAGUUAUUGUCAUUGUUAGAUAGCAUGCCUUCGUAUAACACACAGAACCUCUUGUACCGCCUUCCAUCUGAUGCUCUUUACGAAGAGCGGGCCAUUUUACUAGGCAAGCUCGGUCAACAUCAGACUGCUUUGUCUCUCUAUAUUCAUAAGCUCUACUUACGUGAAUUGGCACUCGCAUACUGCGACCGUGUCUAUGAGAUGGGAUUGCAACAGCCUUCAAAGUUUAAUUCCAACAUAUAUCUUACUCUGCUGCAAAUUUACCUUAAUCCUCAGAGGUCUAUCAAAGAAUUCGAGCAAAAGCUUAACCCAAUACCUCUACAAAACCCUAGCUUUCAAAAACCAAGUUCAACUAAAGGGAAAGGGGGUCGAGUUGCUAAAAAGAUUGCUUCAAUUGAGGGAGCUGAAGAUAUGCGCUUCAGUCCAAGUAGUACUGAUAGUGGACGUAGUGAUGUGGAUGGAGAAGAAGAAAAUGACGAAGGUGGCCCUAUAAUGUUGAAUGAGGCAUUGGAGUUGUUAAGCCAGAGAUGGGACAGGAUCAAUGGUGCUCAGGCCCUCAAGUUAUUACCAAGAGACACAAAACUUCAGAAUUUACGUUCAUUCCUAGAGCCUCUCUUAAGAAAGUCCAGUGAAGGCUGCCGAAAUUACAAUGUUAUCAAGAGUUUGAGAUACAGUGAGAAUUUACAGGUAAAAGAGGAGCUGUAUAAGCAUCGCCGUACAGUGGUAAAGAUUGAUGGUGAUAGUACGUGUGCUCUUUGCCACAAGAGAAUAGGUACUAGUGUUUUUGCUGUGUACCCAAAUGGAAAGACUCUCGUACAUUUUGUUUGCUUUAGAGACUCGCAAACUAUCAAAGCUGUGAGAGGAUCUGGGACGCCCAAUGCUAAAAUGGCCCUUUUUUAACCCAUGUAAGUGGUCUUGCCUUUUAGUGCAUUUGUAAGUGAAAUCUUUUGCAAAUAUGUAUAGACAUUACUAUUUUUAAUUUACAUUUGGUUAUUUAUUUCAUGUCAAAUAUACUAUUUUUUUGGCAUCUGUAGCGUAACGGUCAAAACUAUGCCUCAAAACUUUUCGCUCUUUUUUCUGUGAUUAGUAUUUAAUCCCUGUUAAAAUGAAUUGCUUC